AUGGCUGCUCGAUACGCCUUCGUGGCUUUCGCAAGCGCCACUAUUGCGAGUGCACAGUCUACGACGGAUGACCCGUAUUACGAUCCUAUUUACUCCUCCAGUUACUCCUCUGCAGCCUUCUGGACUGUCACCGCUCGCUAUGCAGAACAAGUCACCGAGAUUCCAUAUACAUACGAUUACAGCGAUGUCAUGACUGACACCUACACGGCAACCCGCACCAUCAAGGACGAUGCCAUUCCUACCGCUUCUCCAUAUCUCGUCACUACUUCUCGGGACUGGUACGACACGGAUGUUCAGAUUGUAGCAUCCUACUAUACCACUGGUGUCGUGGCAGAGUCUGAUCUUGUUGCUGAAACCACAUACGACUACGAUUCAACUGCAACAACAACAUCAACAUCAGUAACCACAAGCACCAGAUACAGUAUGCAAGUCACAAUGACUGCACCUGCCUCGUGUCCUACGCCAUUCACCAUAACAACCACUGCCUCUGUCAGCAUUCCCACAAGAGUGACGGCGCAUAUAUCUCCGUCGUCAAUCGAGACAGGCACAGCGACUGACUCUUACGGUUCCAUCGUCUACAAGUAUGAGACAUGGUAUCUCACAGCCGGCGCUGCACCUUUCCAGACCUCCUCAGACUACUACUACGAAUACUACAUUGCCUCAUGUAGCACUCCACCACCUUCUCGUUCAACUAGCUCGAGCUCCGGCUCCGGCUCCGGCUCCGGCUCCGGCGGCUCAAGCUCUUACUACGAUGACUGUUACUACUGCGGAUCAUAUCUCAAGAACUACAUAAUCGCCAUUGCAGUCAUCAUCCCUUCCCUCUUCCUACUCGGAUUCCUCGAAUCGUGGAUGUGGUUCCGCCGCCUCAUGAUGGGCAGGAGCGCCAUGCGCUUCGGUACCAUUUGCUGGGUCCUCAUCUCCCUCUGGAUUCUCUGCUUCACGCGCAUGCAGGAUCGUCGCAGCAAAGAGGACCAAAAGCUGCUCGCUGAGAAAUGGAGGAACAUGGGCAGUGGUGCAGCUUUCAAGGCGUGGUGGAAGUGGGGGUUCCGACACAAGUACCCAGAAGAGUUGCUGGGCCAGUUCAGCAAGACUACCGUAGGCAUUGUUCCUCCAGGCCAACCCCUUCACCCAGAGAUCUCGCAAACUCCCCCCGUUGGAGGACCUGCUGCUCCUGGUCAAGUAUUCUACUACGGUCCUCCACCCCCAGGCUGGGUUCAGGGACCAAAUGGGGCCUUCGUACCCCCACAAGGCUACGUCUACCCGCCU